AUGGGAUGUAGUUCAUCACACGUAGAGACUAUCAAAACAAAUUCAAAUAAAGAAGAGGAAAUUAUUUGCAGCUGAGAAAAAUAUUUGAAUUACUAUACUUUGCAAGAUAUUGGGUUUCUUAAAGUGAUUGAUUCGCAGCAAGACGAAGAUGGUUUUAUUCCUAUUAAAUCAUUAUGGGAUAUAUUUUAUUUCUGCAACUUUCCCCCUCAUUCCUAUCCUGUAAACACAGGCCCGGUAAGUAUUUUUUAUAAAACCAUUAGAAAAGAUGACAAGAUCAAUGCACAGAAAUUGAUGGCUUUGAUUAUCUUGACUUCAUAAAUAAAAUGGCUUUCGCUCAAGCGAAGUUAGCUCCGCUAACUUUCUCUCACCCAAGCAAUUUUAUUUAUGGGGUUUGGGUUUUUACCUCAAGAACUUCUGCACAGCAAAAGCGGUUUAACUUUGGGGAUAACCAGAGGAGCUGCUCCUCAGUGCGAUCAAGAUCUGAAGUUUUUACCCCUCAGCACACCCGAAGGAAGGUGGACCCUCAGGCGUAACACGCGCAGGAGCUGAGUCGAAAUAAAGCCGUGGCGGCAGCGAAGCCCAUCGAAGCUGUAACGUCUUAUUUGCCCGUGCCCUGAUGAUCAAAAGGGAUCGAUCCAGCGGUCCACAGGCCCGACACACGUGUACAAUAUGGUUGCAGCUCUGGAGUUGGCUACCCCGUAGUGGACGUUUAGCGUUAUAAAUUUUAUAAGAUAAGAUUAUCUUGACUUCAUCAUUUGAACACAAAACAAAAGCUCAACUUAUCUACAAAAUCUAUAGGGACACCAAAGAUUUCAUAAAAGAAAAAUCUCUAGAAAGGCUUUUUAUUGAUAUUUCAAAUAUUUCGAUUAACCUUAUUUGGGUAGCUUUGGGAAAACAGCCAAAUCAAAUUUGCAAAGACGUUCUGAUGAAAUAUGAAAGCAAGCUUGAGCAAGGGCAGCAUAAUUUUGUUGAGAAACAAAAGAAUUUGAUUAUUAACACUGAUGGAUUUACGACAGAAAAAACUUUUAUUAAUAGAAUUGAAAAAUUUCCAAAACUUUUAUCAGCUCCAGGUAUUAGAGAAUGCAUUUUAAGGGAAAAUAAAGAAUCAUCUUUAUUAGGCCGGUCAAAGCCAUAUAUAAGGCUAAUGUCGAUUAAAACAAGUGACACACUUGGAGAAGCAGCUGAAGAUGAAAGAGGCAGAAAGAAGCUGAAUUUUGAUUUUGGUAUUAGAACCAUAUCAAAAACUCCAUCGAAAAAUUCUCAAUUUUCAAGUAAAAUUGAUGAAUCAUACUUGAAAAAUUCAAUGAUGAUGAAGAAAAUAGUAGAGUCUUAUUUGAGCAACCUUAGAGCAGCUGUAAAUAUGUGGAGAGGAUAA